AUCUUUUGAAUUUCAGGAUAAAAUAAUAUUAUGAAGUUUAAACGACGGAAAAUUUAAUAUGUGUGAGUCGCUAAACUGAUCCUUGUUAGGUCGGGCUUAAAUAAAAUUUCUAUCGGAAACGAAGAAAAUAAGUUUGGCAGAGACGUUGGAAUAUAUUGCAAAUAUCAUAAUGUGGAUACUGUCGCAUGAUUGGUUGUUUCUGGGUGUUUUGUGGAUUACGUCAUUGACUUUUAUUUACGCUCAAGAAAACUCCGUGCAAGCUGUAUCCGAAGGCACAGAUUGCAGAUGCAAAUGUAUUUUAACAACAAAAGAUGGAGAAUUAUGUGAAGGAAGUUUGGUCGGAGGACAGAGAAAAAUUAUUUACUUGGUAGAAACCAUAUCGGGAGGAACAGACUGCAGAUGUUCGUGCAACACACCCCCACCUGGUGGAUGCGACACGCCUGCUGAAUUUGUUGAUCCAAAUGAAGAUUUAAGUCCAGGGAGUCCUGGAAGCAAGAUAAGACAACCAUCAAUUAAUUUAGUAGAAUUGCAUAGCAGUAUAUCAAACAUGGUCGCAGCGAUGGUGAUGUUGGAGAAAGCAGUGACGGAAAAAAGUACUGAAGACGAUAUUAGAAUCAUGAAACAAAAUAUCAAAAAAUCCAUUUUUCAGGUCGUGUCGAAUUUGAAAAGCACAAAUGGAUCGUAUCAAGAUUUGUUGGAUGAUUUAGAUUUGAAUUCAGAGGACAAGGAGACAACAACAGUUGGGACAAAUCCCACUACUCUAGGUACCACAACAUCCACCGAAAACGGAAAAAUCUUCGAGCCAUCGUCCUCCAUUAAUGAGACAGAAGGUAUCGUAAAACCAGCACUGAUGGACGUCGUUGUGGACAGAAUUGGAGUCGCUCCAUUGAUUCCGACAUCUACCUCACACAGUAGAAUCUCCUCUACUGAAUAUCAACCAGAAGAGUUGGCGCCUUCUACAAAUACGUCAACACAAACGCAACGCACAACCACCCAGACCGUUACUGUGAAAAAUUCUACAGCUCCAAAUAUUACAACAUAUAGUACUAAUCCGUCAUCUGAAGCUAUCGAAUCAACCACUGAGACGAUACAAAAAAACACUUCCCCACACCAAUCAAACUUGUCCCGGACUGAUACUGAAGAGAAAGAUUCGAUCUUGGAAGAGAAAGAACCAAAACAGGACACUGACUUUGAUAAUUACAGCACUUCUGUACAAGUUAGCACUAGAAAUCCUACUAGCCGUACCCACUUAAGAAUAGUUAGACCGAAAAUAGUUUUCAACCCUUACCGUGCAAAGGAAAGAAAAGCAACAACAACAACUUCCAAACCCGAAUCUACUACAACGACACCCAGCGAGAAUGAGGAAGAAUAUGAAUAUGACUACCAUUAUUUUGACAUAGACGGGGAGAAUGAACAAACAGAAACAAGUAAAGCGACGACGAUUCAAUCAGCUCAUACGUCUGCCCCUAUUACUACAACAACUCCGACCACUAUUGUACGCUACACGACAACUAUAACAACAACGGCGUCUUCAACCAUUGAAAAUGGCAAUUCGUAUCCUGAUUAUUUGGAUCAAUACGAAGAUGAAAUAUAUGAUUAUGACGUCACUGAGAAACCCACCACGAUGACGACAACUACAACCACUCAGACUACCACUCCCAUGAAACUAGGUACCACUCCCAUAAAAAUAGAUCCCUGUGGAACAUUGUUUAGUUUUUCCAAACCCAGAAAAGUGAGUCGCUUUGGUAGACGUGAAGGAGCUUGGAUGAAAGAUCCAGUGCAUUCUGAUACUGAUAGAAGUCGUGCAAGCAAGAUAUACGUCGCUAAUUUUUAUUAUGGAAGCAAUUUGAUUGAGUUUGACAGUGUGGAAGCAAUAAGGGAGUUACGAUAUCAGAAAUCUUACAAUCUUCCUCACAAGUGGAUAGGAACUGGUCAUAUUGUGUACAAUGGUUCUUUUUAUUACAACAGAGCAUUUUCAAGAACGUUGAUAAAAUAUAACUUGAAGUAUAGGUUUGUUAGUGCAUGGAGUCAUCUAACUAACGCCGUAUACGACCCAACUACACCAUUCACAUGGCGAGGUCACUCUAUGGUUCAUGUUGUUGCUGACGAAGACGGUUUAUGGGUAAUUUUCCCCGCACGUGAUCCGUUUGACCCAUACGCUACACUAACGUACGUGAUAAACAAAAUUAAUCCUGUGGAUCUACGGAUCCUGGAAUCACAUAAAAGUAAAAUAAGGCAAAGUGUAUCUCACGUAUUCAUGAUAUGCGGCGUAGUGUACAGCACAGACCGAUAUAAUUCUCGCAAUGCAAGAGUAACUCACGCAUUUGACACCCGAACCCGGGUUCAAAGGUCAUUUUACAUUGGAUUCGAAAACAUGUUUUCAUAUUCCGUUCAAUUUUCAUACAAUCCAAAAGAAAGGAAAAUGUAUUCUUGGGACAAUGGACGACAAGUGGAAUACCGUGUCAACCUUAUGCACUAAAAACGUUAGCUGAUUGAACAUCAGCGUUUUAUUGAACACCAUUUGGAGUUCCGUACAAACCACAAGAGAGCGCAGUCAUUGACAAGCAGAAUAAUAUCAGAAUAACAAAGAAGUGAUGCAAGACGACGCUUCUUCCAAUGAUGGCGCGUAUCUCGGUGAAUUAUGACUUUCAAUGCAAUAUAUUGCUCGCAUCCUAUAGAUUUACAUUGUAUUAUCUGUUCCACAAUUUUACCACUUUUGCUCUCAUUUUUAUUUUGAUUGAAUCAAAUUGUAUAUGUUUUUUACUAUUUUAUGUCGUACUAACCAAUAAAAUGAAAAUUUUUGUCCUUAA